AGUGAGUGCACCUUGCUGGAAGUUAUGUUUAUGAAGUAAGAAGCGCAUAAUCUGGUUUUGGCCUGUGUGUCCCGUCGUUGUUAUUCCGUUUAUGCUGUGUUGUGAUUUGCACAGAGCUUCAACAACAAAGUUUGUACAUGUUCAGUAGUCAAAGAAAGGUGUUGUGAUAUUUUGAUUGAUCUUACCUUUAUGGACAACCAGUGUGUUCAACUUGAACCCUAAGGAAGGACAUUAUUGGUACUUUUAAAUUCUGAACCACGUAGUGCUGCCAAGAAUGGGUCAAAAUACAAGUGUUCCAUCUGGAUCACAUUUGGGACGAAGGAGAUCUUUUCGUAAUUCCUGGCGCUCUCCCUUUCCUCGGCGAUCCCACACGCACAAGAGCUCUUUAAGUGCUGCCGUCAAUUUCAUAGAUGUUGAUCCCAAGCAUAUAGAACUGUUAAAUGUAAACACAGCCAGUGAAGAAGAGUUAAUGACAUUGCCAGGGAUUACAAGGCACAUUGCACGAAGCAUUGUGGAAUAUCGUCAAGCUAUUGGAAGGUUUAAGAAAGUUGAAGAUCUUGCUCUAGUGUCUGGCGUAGGAGCAGAGAAACUGGAUUUGAUUCGCCCAGAGAUAUGUGUUAGGAGCAAAAAUGCAAGUUGUGCAUCAUCUCGAGCACAGUCCUUUGACAGUAUAGCAAGUUCAGAGUUUUCUCAGGCCGGAUCUACUAGCCGCACUGUAGAUGUGAACUCUGCAACAGUUUUUGAGCUGAUGACUGUAAAUGGCCUUAACCAAGAACUUGCAGCUAACAUAGUUGAACACAGAUUAAGGAGAGGGCCAUUUAGAACAUUAGAGGAUCUGGCAAAGGUGAAAGGGAUAUCACACUUAAGACUUGGAGCCAUACGUUCACAGAUAACAAUGAACCUGCCAGAAAAUUUGCCAGUAAGAAAUGGUUACGUGCCACACAUGAUACCGGAGAAUUCCACUUCAUCUCUUGAAGGUCACAAAAGAAAACCGCAAACAUCACUGAAAUAUGGCACUUCAAAUGGAUUCCUGGCAAUUGGAGAUAUUUUUGAGAUGCUUUCAGCAUCAACUCCACGACCUAUAGUUGAAGAAGAUUUCCAGUAUGAACGUAAUGGUAAACCAGCAGUAAGAAUAGCAUCAUGGAAUCUUCAGUGCCUCACAGUGGAAAAAAUAGAGAAUCCUGGAGUGAAAGAGAUAUUUUGCCGAACAAUACUGGAAAACAAGUUUUCUGUGAUAGCUGUUCAGGAAGUUAUGGACAGUUUUACUUUAAAAAAGAUAUGUGAAGAACUUAACAGUCCAACACUACGUAAAGUUGCAGAAUGGAAGGAUAAUUCAAAAAACUGGAAGUGCUGCACCUGUGAGAAAACAGUUGAAAAUUUCAAGGGUUCAGCUGGCCUUGGAUUUAUUUAUGACUGCAGGAAUGACCUGCAGAUUCUGCAAGUAAAGGAAGUUGAACUAAGUGAAGCCUGCCCUAAGUUGGCACGCAGUAUUGGAGUCCUGCUAAUGAAAUUCAAGGUUACUGAUACUGUAGUAUCAUUACUUAAUAUGUAUGUAAAAGACAGCAAUGAAGAUUCCUUCUCCAGCAUAGAGCAGAUGACACAUGAUAACUUCCAAGAAGAUGAGUUACUAAUAAUAUUAGGAGAUUUCACUGGCCUUAAGAAAAACAAAGAGAUGGAUGAUAGUCUGAAAGUAAAUUAUAGGACGAUAAUUCCUACCACAAUUUCUACAAAUGCUAAUGAGAAUCCAGUGGUAAAAUAUGCAGAUAACGUCCUUCUUAACAAAAGUGCACAAUCACUGUUUACAGGUGUUUGGGGUAUUGUGAGGCAAGGUCUGUCACAUCUCGCUAUUCCUAAAGGAUGGCUGUGGGGUGGCUGUGCCACAGAACAUUGCCCGGUGUGGUGUGAACUUUUCACAGGCACUACUGUGCAGCACAGCUGAGUUGUAACACAUCACAUUCUCCUGAAGUAAACAGAGAUAUCAUAUUGAUAGUUAAUAAUAUUUAUCAUAUGUUUUUCUCUCAAAUAGUUUAUGUUCGUAAUAUUUAAUUUCAUCAUUCCACACACAAUUAGUGCCACAAAUUAUACAUGUAUUUUCUAGUUAUUAGAAAUACUAAAUCUGUAGCAGACAAUAGUUGUGGCAGGCUUACCACAGAUAAAGCAAAUAACAAAGUAGUUUUGUGUUGCACUUGAGGGAAAAUGCACAGAAAAAUAAUUUAAGAUGCAGGAAUUUUGUGAUUUGCAUUGCUGAUCUUAAUUAUUGCCUUGUUGAUUUAUUGUAUAAUAUUUAUUGUGGAAUUAGAGAGUGUGUGUGUGUGUGUGCACGCACGCACACUUGUGCCCACAUGUGCGUGCAUACACACGAGCAUGCAUUGAUACAUGAGUGUGUGUGUGUGUGUGUGUGUGUGUGUGUGAGAGAGAGAGAGAGAGAGAGAGAGAGAGAGAGAGAGAUUCUCUCCUGCUUGUUUUAAGUAUGUGUGGUAUCAGAUUGUUCUUGCCUUUGUAAGUUUCACAGUAUUAUAAGUCUUCCCAUAAUUGUCUAACAGAAAUAUAUUUUAUACUAAUGUAUUGUUCUGUCUGGAAGAUAAAGUAUCGAGAAGUAGAUGUAAAGAUGCCAUUAUCUGUGAUAGAUUUUGUAACACAGUGUAAUGGUUCAUAGACUGAAAUAACUCCAAACUUCACAUCACAUUUAAUAUACAUAUA